AUGCCCGUACGCACCCGCAAAAUCGGCGUCAACGACAAGGACAAAACCGCUCUCGCAUUCGCCCACGAUGACUUCCGCCGCCAUUGGGUCUCCGGCCAGGUGGGAGGCGGACGCAACACCGAUUCAAGAGUCGCAUUCAACCAACAAGACAACGGGUUCAAGCAUCUAAAGCUCACCGUCGCAAUGCUCUUCGACGCCAAAAUCAACGAGGCACCUGACUUUUCCAACUUCGGUCCCGAGGAAGAGGCCAAAUACCACGCGAUGCUACGCAGCAAGCUCAGCCUUGCGAAGGACUACAUACUCAAGGAGAAGGACCUGUCUCUCGACCCUGACCGAUUCGGUGCGCGCCACGAGCCUGCGUCAUUAGCCCUCGCCGCACCGCCUAUCAUGAUCGACUUGUAUUCUCAGCACAUGAUCCGGCUCCUCCUCGAUAUCUCAGCACAACUUCGCCAGGUCAGCGCUGAGACUCCGGCGGAUGAGGUUGAGACCGUGCUAGAGGGGCCGAUGAGAGAUUACUUGGAGUUCUGGGAGAGGUUACAGAACAGUCUGUCAUGGCAGCUUCCCGGAGAGGAUAACGAGGCUAGGAUGGGCGAGGCGGACAGGGCUAUGAGUGAGGUCUUGGAGAAGUUGGUUGAGCCUUAG